AUGAGCGAUAUUGAUGGAGUACUUGAUCUUGUCUCCAUUCGUAUUGAUGAAAAGCUUGCUGGCUUGAAUCCAAAUGUUCCGGGGUGUUGUAUAUUUAAAGUGGACAGCCAGUUACGCAAGGUAAAUGAGAAAGCAUACGAACCUGAAUUGCUUGCCAUCGGUCCUUACCACUACGGCAAGGAUGAGUUGAAGCAAAUGGAAGAGCACAAAUUGCGUUAUUUACAACAACUUGUCCAAAGGAGAAACGAAAGCAGUGUGGAAAGAUACAUUAAGGCCAUGAGAGAAUUGGAAGGAAGAGCUCGAAGAUGCUAUGCAGAACCCAUUAGCCUAACCUCGGAUGAGUUUGUAGAAAUGUUGCUUCUUGAUGGGUGCUUCUUCAUUGAGUUGUUUCGCAAGUUAACAAUGAAGAAUCUAAUAGGUGAUCCAUGUGACCCAAUCUUGCGAUUGGGUUGGAUGGCCCAUAAAUUAUGGCGUGAUCUAGUGCUAUUCGAAAACCAACUUCCAUUUUUUGUUGUCACUAAAUUGAUCGAGAUGACUCAGGUUCCCAACCAGCAGGACAACCUCAUUUAUUAUUUCAUGCUCUCUUGCAGAAGUUUAAUAUUUACAGAAUCAGUUGAUGAAUCGCUCCAAAACAUUGGGCAUGAUCUACUACUUGAUUUGGCACAUAACAUUGGGAAUCAAGUAGAUGCCCAAAACAUUGGGCAUCUACUUGCUUUGGCACAUAAAUCUGUCACUCCACCAUAUGUAGAAAUCAAUACAGGUGGGAAUGAUGUAGAUGAGGAAGAGUGGAAGUCGAUACCUACUGCCACAGAGCUUCAAGAGGCUGGAGUCAAAUUCAAGAAGCUAGAGAGAGGAGGUAGCUUCUUUGACAUAAAGUUCAACAAUGGGGUAAUGGAAAUUCCACCUUUAAAAAUAGAAGAUCGAUCAGAAUCUUUCUUUCGAAAUCUAGUUGCAUAUGAGCAAUACAGUCGAAAUAAUAUUCCCAAAUACUUCACAGAAUAUAUGAUCUUCAUGGAUAAUCUCAUCAACUCUCCAAAGGACGUUGAAUUACUUCGUCGACAAGGAAUUAUUGAAAAUUGGUUGGGUGAUGAUGAAGCUGUCUCCACCAUGUUUAACAAGAUUGGUCACAAUGUCGGUAUAACCAACUUAUGUUAUGAUCAAAUUCUUAGAGAUGUGCACAAGCAUUGCAGAAGACGACAGAAUGUGUGGAUGGCAAAAUUGAGGCACAACUAUUUUAACAGUCCUUGGGCAUUGAUUUCAUUUCUUGCAGCUGCCUUUUUGCUCCUACUUGCUUUAACGCAGACCAUUUUUACCGUUGUUGCUUACUUUAUUCCCAGAAAGUAA